GCAGUUCAGUUCACGGCUCACAAUCACGGCCUUCGUACUGUGGUAGGCUGCGGGGCCCUUUCAGCUCUUUCGUUCAAAGCUGCAAAUUUCGCUCACGCAGAGAUACGUAUUCGUGUGCCUGCGCUGCGCUGCUCUGCCCUGGUUCAGAUUGUGACGGCCCUGGAAAGAGUGAAGGGCGUGAUUUCGCCGACCUGUUGAGAAGUUGUCGGGAAUUGGAGGAGUGCAGUGCAGGACUUGGGAUUUGGAGACCAGGGUUUAGGGGUUUUGAUCGAGGAAACGCAGGGCUCGUCCCGUGCUGCGCUGCGUUGCGUGGGGAGUAGAUGCGAUGGGACAGAAGCGAAAACCUGUCGCGGCUGAGCCUACGGUGCUGCCCGUCGAGCCUCCCCGAAAGCGGUCGCUGCUGAAGAGGAUCGGAGAGCCCGUCGAGGCUGAAAAUGGAACGGAGAAGAGAUGGCGUAACAAGGAGAAAGUACUCAUUCUCUGCUCUCGUCGCAUUACUUUUAGGUAUCGUCACCUUAUGGUGGAUAUGACGGGUUUGCUUCCCCAUAGCAAGCGGGAUGUCAAGGUGCAGUGCAAGGAUAACAAAGCAGCAACUCUCAACGAGCUGAUUGAUCUGAAAGGAUGCACUAGCUGUUUGCUUUUCGAGUGUCGAAAGAAGAAGGAUUUGUACAUGUGGCUUUCGAAGUCUCCGACCGGACCAUCAGCGAAGUUUUUGGUCAGUGGAGUACACACCAUGGCCGAGUUGAAGCUCACCGGCAACCACCUGAAGGGCUCCCGACCUCUCCUUACGUUUUCUGCUGAUUUUGACGAGUCGCCCCAUCUUCAAAUUCUGAAGGAGCUUCUAACACAGGUGUACACUACUCCCAAAGAUCACCGAAAGGCAAAGCCCUUCUAUGAUCAUGUUUUUGCCUUCUCUGUCGUCGACAACCACAUUUGGUUCCGAAACUACCAAAUAUCUGCUGUCAAGUCUAGCACUGAGAAGCUGGACAAGAUUGACAAGGCCCAUCUGGAGAACAUGACUCUUAUUGAGGUUGGCCCAAGGUUUUGCCUAAACCCUAUCAAGAUCUUCAGUGGAAGCUUCGGCGGACAGACGCUUUAUGAAAAUCCCUUCUAUGUGUCACCAAACAUUGUGCGCUCGUUGGACAAAAAGAAGAAGACGAUGAAGUACGCGAAGAAGAUCAAGGCUAAGCAACGCAGAAGAACCCACAUUGGAGCUAACCAAGUUGCUCCCGAUGACCUUGCUCACGUCUUUGAUGAAGAAGAUGAGUAGUGUACGAUAUCAGUGCUUAAGAAUUGCAAGUACAGCAGUUUUGACAGGAAUUUCUCAGACUUAGAAUACAUUUUAACUUGGGUAGAUUCAAUUGCGUGUGUUAUAAAUUGUCGGCUUGGUGCCAAUGGAAUGUUGAGAACGAGAUAAUGCCAGAUUAAUGCAGAUUGAACGGGUUAUAAUUGGAAGUGGGAUUUAUCUCGUUGUUGAAUG